GCAGCGUUCCGAGAAGGUCAGCCGGGGGUAGUCGAGCAGUCAGGGUUGACGAGCAGGGGGUCGGGGUCCGAGCAGGUCAGGGUCCCCCACAGGCCGGAGUCCGAAAACAGGUCAGGCUCGUCGCAGGCGGGGGCCCGCGGGGUUGCCGCUGGUGGUAUUGAAACCGGCGGGGCGGCGGGGGAACAAGUUCGGCGAACCGGCCGGGCUGGUGGCCGUACAGGGCCCACGCAGGCCGGGCAGGCGAGGGGUCCGAGCACAGUCAGGCGAGGCCAGCAGGCGGCGGCGAGUGUCGACAGGUCAAACGAGGGUCCGAGAAGUGUCAGCCGUAGUGGUCCGAGCAGGUCAGCCGGGGGUCCGAGCAGGUCAGGGUCCGAGCGUCAGCCGGGGGUCCGAGAAUGGUGCAGGGUCCGAGCAGGUCGGGUCCGAGCAGGUCAGUGUCCGCACAGGUCAGGAGUCCGAACAGGUCAGCUCGUCGCAGGCGGGGCCCGCGGGGUGCCGCGUAUGAACCGGCUGGGGGCGGCGGGAACAAGUUCGGCGACCGGCCGGGCUGGUGGCCGUACAGGGCCCACGCAGGCCGGGCAGGCGAGGGUCCGAGCAGGUACGAGGGUCCGAGCAGUGUCAGGCAGUGUCAAAGAGCAGGUGGAACGAGAAGGUCAGGUCGAGACAGGUCAGCGCGGGGUCGGAGCAGGUCAGGGUCCCGAGCAAGGUCGGGGGUCCGAGCAGGUCAGGGUCCGCACAGGUCGAGAGUUCCGAAAACGGUCAGGGUCGUCGCAGGCGGGGCCCCGCGGGGUGCCGCGGUAUGAACCGGCGGGGGAGGCGGGGGGAACAAGUUCGGGCGGAACGGCCGGGCUGGUGGCGUACAGGGCCCACGCAGGCCGGGCAGGCGAGGGUCCGAGCAGGUCAGCAGGGCCCACGAGGCGAGGCAGGCGAGUGUCCGAGCAGGUCAACGAGGGUCCGAGAAGGUCAGCCGAGGGUCCGAGCAGGUCACCGGGGGUCCGAGCAGGUCAGGGUCCGAGCAGGUUCAGCCGGGGGUCCGAGCAGGUCAGGGUCCGAGCAGGUCGGGGUCCGAGCAGGUCAGGGUCCGCACAGGUCAGGAGUCCGAACAGGUCAGGCUCGUCGCAGGCGGGGCCCGCGGCGGUGCCGCGGUAUGAAACCGCUGGGGCGGCGGGGAACAAGUUCGGCGACCGGCCGGGCUGGUGGCCGUACAGGGCCAGCCAGGCCGCGAGGUCCGGACGCAGGCGAGGGUCCGGCAGGUCAGGCGAGUGUCCGAGCAGGUCAAACGAGGGUCCGAGAAGGUCACCGAGGGUCCGAGCAGGUCAGCCGGGGUCCGAAGCAGGUCAGCGUCCGGAGAAGGUCAGCCGGGAGUCCGAGCAGGGUCAGGGUCCGAGCAAGGUGGGGUCCGAGCAGGUUCAGGGUCCGCACAGGUCAGGAGUCCGAACAGUCAGGACCGUCGCAGGCGGGCCGAGGGUGCCGCGGUAUGAACCGGCGGGGGCGGCGGGGAGGGAACAAGUUCGGCGGGACCGGCCGGCUGGUGGCCGUACAGGCCACGCAGGCCGGGCAGGCGGGAGGGUCCGACCCCCCCCCCCCCCUGCAGGGUCAGGAAGGGCCCCGCAGGCAGGCAAGGGCGAGUGUCCGAGCAGGUCAACGAGGGUCCGGAAGGUCAGCCGGGGGUUUCGAGCAGGUCAGGGUUCGAGGCAGGUCGGGGUCCGAGCAGGUCAGGGUCCGCACAGGUCAGGAGUCCGAAACAAGGGUCAGGUCGGUCGCAGCGGGGGCCCGCGGGGUGCCGCGGUUGAAAAACCAUGGCGGGGGGCGGGGCGGGGAACAAGUCGGCGACCGGCCGGGCUGUGCCCGUACAGGGCCCACGCAGGCCGGGCAGGGCGAGGGUCCGAGCAGGUCGCAGGGUCCGGCAUAGAGUGUCCGAGCAGGUCAAACGAGGGUCCGAGAAGGUCAGCCGAGGGUCCGAGCAGGUCAGCCGGGGGUCCGAGCAGGUCAGGGUCCGAGCAGGUCAGCCGGGGUCCGAGCAGGUCAGGGUCCGAGGCAGGUCGGGGUCCGAGCAGGUCAGGGUCCGCACAGGUCAGGAGGUCCGAACAGUCAGGCUCGUCGCAGGCGGGGCCCGCGGGGUGCCGCGGUUAUGAAAACCGGGGGGGGGCGGCGGGGAAACCAAGUCGGCGACCGGCCGGGCUGGUGGCCGUAAGGGCCCACGCAGGCCGGGCAGGCGAGGGUCGAGCAGGUCAGCGAGGGUCCACGAGCGGUCAGGCGAGUGUCCGAGCAGGUCAAACGAGGGUCCGAGAAGGUCAAGCCGAGGGUCGAGCAGGUCAGCCGGGGGUCCGAGCAGGUCAGGGUCCGAGCAGGUCAGCCGGGGGUCCGAGCAGGUCAGGGUCCGAGCAGGUCGGGGUCCGAGCAGGUCAGUGGUCCGCACAGGUCAGGAGUCCGAACAGUCAGGCUCGUCGCAGGCGGGGCCCGCGGGGUGCCGCGGUAUGA